UGAUCUCCGCCCGUGGGAAUUGAGCUAGAUGCACAUUUGGGCACCUGACUGGAGGAAUCAGUUUAACGUCUCCGAGCUUCAGUUUUCCUCAUUUAAGUGAUAGUAACGAUGCCACCCUGCAAAGAAUUAGACAAACAUUGCUAGCAAGUCUGCCGCCAAGGAACACUCGCCAUAAAUGGAAUCAGAGUUAUGUCCGCCAAGAAAGCUCACCCCAGCAAAAGGCUCUCAAAGUAAAGAACUUAAAGAAUGUCAGAUAUAUGAAGUUGAUUUCCAUGGAAACAUCAUCAUCCUCUGAUGACAGUUGUGACAGCUUUGCUUCUGAUAAUUUUGCAAACACAAAACCAAGGCCAGAUGUCACUAACGAAUUGGCCAGCAUUUUUCAUGCCGAGUCUGAUGAUGAAUCGUUUUGCGGUUUUUCAGAGAGUGAGAUACAAGAUGGAAUGAGACUGCAGUUGGACAGGGAAGGCUGCAGGACCCGAAGUCAGUGCCGUCACUCCGGACCACUCAGGGUAGCCAUGAAGUUCCCAGCACGAAACACCCGGGGGCCAGCCAACAAAAAAGCAGUCCCCUCAAAACCCCCUGAGAACUCUGCAAGCGAUUCCCAUUCUGACUCUGAAGAAGAAGAUGGCAUGAACUUUAUGGAGAAAAGGGCUUUAAAUGUAAAGCAAAACAAAGCAAUGCUUGCAAAACUCAUGUCAGAAUUAGAAAGCUUCCCUGGCUUGUUCUCUGGAAGACAUUCCCUCCCCGGCCACAGGUCCAAAGUUUCAAAGCCACCCAGAAGACGCACAUUCCCAGGUGUGGCUUCCAGAAGAAACCCGGAACGGAGAGCCCGGCCUCUUACCAGGUCAAGGUCCCGGAUCCUGGGGUCUUUGGGGGCUCUGCCCACAGAGGAGGAGGAGGAAGAAGAGGAAGAGGAUAAAUACAUGCUAGUGAGAAGGAGAAAGUCUGUGGACGGCUACAUGAAUGACGAUGAUGGGCCCAGAAGUCGUCGCCCUGGAUCCAUGACCCUUCCACAUAUAAUUCGCCCAGUAGAAGAAGUUACAGAGGAAGAGAUCAAGAACAUUUGCAGCAAUUCUCGAGAGAAGAUCUACAACCGAUCACUGGGUUCCACUUGUCACCAGUGUCGCCAGAAGACUAUUGAUACCAAAACAAACUGCAGGAACCCAGACUGCUGGGGCAUUCGGGGCCAGUUCUGUGGCCCCUGCCUUCGAAACCGCUACGGUGAAGAGGUCAAGGAUGCUCUGCUGGACCCGAACUGGCACUGCCCACCCUGUCGAGGAAUCUGCAACUGUAGCUUCUGCCGCCAGCGUGAUGGACGGUGCGCCACGGGAGUCCUGGUGUAUUUGGCCAAGUAUCAUGGCUUCGGGAAUGUGCAUGCUUACUUGAAAAGUCUGAAGCAGGAAUUUGAAAUGCAGGCCUGAAGAUCCUCCACCUGCCUUUCAGCGUCUCAAGGCCCUCUUGUUCUUGAUAUUGUCAUUGACGGAACCUGAGUAAGAAUCUUGGUGGUCAGUCUGUCUUAGAACUCGGUCAGGUUAAUCUUGUUAGAUUCCCACUUGUUUCUGAAACAUCAUGGAAGGCAUACCGUUAGUUACACUUGAGCUACGUGUAGUUUCCCAAAGCUUGCCUGGCCCUACCUUGUAGCCUCCCUACUCCCACCACUUAGUUGCUGAGUCCUUUUGAAGCGGCAAUUUUAGAAAGCAUGUUUGUCUUAUGGUGUUGAAAUAGUCUCAGGAUACCAAGCACUUAGGUUGUGAGCCGACAGUUCUGAUGACCUGCAGAGAACGGUCCCUUAGCUUGUUUACACAGAGUCAGCUCGUGCAGUUUAAUGUCCGGUACUCUGUUGGCUUGUGCUUGAAAUGGAUGGGGCUAAGGCACAGACAAAUUUCUGAAAACGGCGUGGAAAAAUUAGUCAUUGUUGGGAAGUGGAGUAGCACAGUGAGUGACUUUCCGGAGACUGCAACUCCUUUGUAUCAUGCUCAGUGUAUACCUUGUCACAUUUGAGACCUUAAGUUAAAGUGGUUCAUCCGGCUUAUAAAGUCACCCAAAGGUUUGUGACAACAUGGUACCAUAAUUACUUAAGUUGCUAUAGAAAAGACAUUUCUGGGAAUCUGUAGUGGGCUGAUUUGAAAUCAUGAUGUUAUGCAUCAGAAACUUGAUUUAAAUAACUUCACUUUGGUUCCUGGCAGUUUCCUGAAGAGAAUGCUCUGGGGGUCAUGUCCAGGGUUUCUAUUUAGGUUCUAAACAGUUUUGUAAUGAUGAGCAGUAAAGAUGGGUAGAUUUGAACCACUUGUCAACGAGUUACCUCUGCCAGUUUAUGGGCAGAAUCUGUGAGUUACCCUCCCUCCCUCAGGUCAUUCGGUAAGUGACUGGUUACUGAUACCCUCCCAUGUGGAACCUGUGGCUGUGCCCUACUGUCUGUGAUGCUCAUUCAGUGUAAAUACAGCUUUUGCUCUGUAAUGCUUUUAUACAAAGGUUUUUAUUUUAAUAAUAAAACAUUUUGUUCUAA